UCAUAGCCAGCAGCACACUGUGUCUUUCUCUUUCUGAAUUUUCCAAGCCUGUGUCCUUUAUACAGGCUGAGACAGUCAGGCAGAGAAACGGCCGGUCGGUCAGUCAGUCAGUGUCACUGUGCUCAGCCCGGCGUUCAGGACGGUGCACUGGGGCCACACCGAGCUAGAACCAAGGGGGAACGACUGGCUCAGAGAAGCCAGAUACUGACCAAGCAUGGCAUGAGAGGACUGAGGCUGACAGAGAGACAGAGAGACGGCAAGACAGAGAGAGAGAAGGACUGAAAAAGAGAGAGAGAAAGAGAGAGGUUUUGGAACACAGAAAGAGUAAAGGUAGAGAGAACCAGAGAAGUGUGUCAUGGUGACGGAGGAGCAGGUUGUGAUCUCCCUGUCCGGGGGAGCGCCGUGGGGGUUUCGUCUGCAAGGAGGCACCGAGCACAGCAAGCCCCUCCAGGUGGCCAAGGUGCGCAAGCGCAGCAAGGCCUGCCGGGCAGGACUGCGAGAGGGAGAUGAGCUGCUGUCAAUCAACGAGAAGAUGUGCGGGGGGCUGUCCCACGCCCAGGCCAUGACCCUCAUUGACUCCGCCCCCGGGACACUGCGCAUCCGCGUCAGGAGGUCUCCAGCUGGUUUCCAGUCAGUGGUCCUCCUCACCCGCUCCCCUUCUCCGCGCAUCGACAGGGACUACCACGCGGCCCUGCGCACCCUGUCGCCCCCGGUAACCAAGCCCGCCGCCGCCGCGCAUCCAGACCGCAGUGCUGUGAUGUCCCCCACGGGCGGGGAGUGCCUGAUCCGUACCCUGGACCCCCACAGGGAAUGCGUGACCUCCCCCCCGGACAGCGAGGCGUACUACGGCGAGACAGACAGUGACGCUGACACAGCGCUCGUGAAACAGCGGCGGCCAAAACGCCGUAGCCCCAGCGCCACCCCUGGCAAGCCCUCCGGCCGUGCCUCGCCCGAGGAGAUCUCCGAGAUGAGCAGUUACGACAGCACAUCUGACGCACUCCCCCACACAACCCUACCCGGGCUCACACAGUCUCAGGAUGCGGCCCCUGGAGUGGCCCGCAGAGAGAUCCUGUUCCAGCCCCAGCCAGUGGAAGAGGAGGAGGCCGGCCUGGGAGAGGCUCUCACUUACCCCAGUGACAGGCAGGGGGCUGCUGAGGUGGACAGUGGGUUCCAGGACAGUGGGUUCCAGCCCCCCUCUGUGCCGCUGGUCUCCCCAGAGAGAGCCAAGGACGCCUCCCGGCUGCUGUUCUCCAGCAGUCAACUCAUACCCAUGGUGGGUCCAGUGGACAGGCCAGUGGAUGAAAAGUUGACCACCAGCUACAAGGACAAGGCCAGGCAAGCCAAGCUGCACCGGAGCGAGAGCGUGCAGGAGAAGCAGGUGAAGGAAGCCCGUUCCAAGUGCCGCACCAUCGCCUCGCUGCUCACCGCCGCGCCCAACCCACACUCCAAGGGCGUGCUGAUGUUCAAGAAGCGCCGGCAGCGCUCCAAGAAGUACACGCUGAUCAGCUUCGGCAGCGUCGAGGAGGACAUGGAGGCGGGAGAGGAGGAUGAGGAGGAGGGGGAGGGGGCCUUCCCCACCAGUGAGUCAGAGUUCGACGAGGAAGGCUUCUCCGCAGCCCCCGACACAGACCCCGACUGGGACAGCGACUACCUGGACAUCCUGGAGAGGAAGAAGACCCCCGCCCACACUCAGCAGGGACCCCCACAGGGCCUGUCUGGCACCGCGGGGAAGGGGGCGCUGCUGUACGAGCAGCAGCAGAGGAGGCGCGCCGAGGAGAACUCUGUCAGUGAGGCAGCCCGGCAGGGAGAGCAGGGGACACAGGGGAACCAGGGAACCCCCAGAGCAGUUCCCUCCGUGUCGCCAGCCCAGCCGCCCCCCAGCUUCGGCAUGAUGAAUGGAGACGUCCCCCCGGCGGGGCGACCUGAUCUGGUGAAGUCCCCGCCCGCCCCUGCUCCUCCUGCUCCCCCAGCUCACUCUGUACCAGGAGCCUUCUCAGUGCCGGCCCUGCAGCCUGCCUUCUCUCUGCUGGACAGAACCAACCGGACCGCCCGUCCCUUCACCCCGGGCUUUGUGGGGGGGCGUUCUGCCACGGCCCCCGUGGUCUUCCGCCCAGGAAAGAAAGCUGCCGUCCCCACCCCCCAGCAGCCUGCCCCUGCGCCCCCGCCCUUCUCCCCCCCUCCUUUCGCCCCCCCUCCCUCCCUCUCCACCUCCUCCCUCUACAUCACACCCAGGCCCGCAGCCAUCACCGCACAAGCCCCAUUCUUCUCCCCCCCUCCUCCUCCUCUGACGACUCCUAGAGCCCCUCUGGGGGCCACCUCCCCUCUCCCUCCCACGCCCUUCUCUCCUCCCCCCAUGUCGACAGCCUCCUUCCCUUCGAUGACUCCUAGAGCCCCCCUCGGGGUCACCUCCCCUCUCCCUCCCACUCCCUUCUCUCCUCCCCCCAUGUCGACAGCCUCCUUCCCUUCGAUGACUCCUAGAGCCCCCCUGGGGGUCACCUCCCCUCUCCCUCCCACUCCCUUCUCGCCUCCCCCCAUGUCGACAGCCUCCUUACCUUCAAUGACUCCUAGAGCCCCCUUGUCGGUCACCUCCCCUCUCCCUCCCACUCCCUUCUCUCCUCCCCCCAUGUCAACAGCCUCCUUCCCUUCCUAUCUCUCCGCUCCUGCUGUUAACGGUGCCAAGCCUGUGCCAUCUUCCUCCACUCUCACCCCUGCAUCCACCCUCACCCCCACCUCCGCCUCUCUCACCACUCGGCCUGCCUCUGCAGCCCCGGCCUUCCCUGCCCCUUUCCUGUCCUCCUCUUCUGAAGCCCUGGCCUCCCGAGAGCAGCGCAUCUCCGUCCCCGCGGCCCGCACUGGGAUCCUGCUAGAGUCCCGCAGGAGAGGUAACAGGAAGUCCCUGUUCAGCCUGCCGGAGGAGAAGCCCAGCCACUCACCCAACCCGGCGCUGCUGUCCUUGGUUCAGAACCUGGACGAGAAGCCGCCCAAAGGUGGGGAAGCCGGGUUUGAGUCGGGCCCUGAGGAGGACCUGCUGAAUCUGGGGGCCGAGGCCUGCAACUUCAUGCAGGCGCAGAAGCACAGGACCCCGCCGCCUGUGGCCCCCAAGCCCCACUUGCGGGUCCCUGAGGUCCCCCAGAUGAGCGGGAAGGGGGCGGAGCUGUUCGCGCGUCGACAAAGCCGGAUGGACAGGUUUGUGGUGGGAGGAGGAGCCCCUGGGCAGCAGCAACAGCUGUCCUCCUCACAGCAACCAAGCGCCCCCUCUCCCACCCCCUCUCUCCCCGUGCAGUGGAAAUACUCCCCCAAUAUCCGUGCCCCACCUCCCAUUGGCUACAACCCCCUGCUGUCCCCCUCCUGCCCCCCUGGGGCUCAGAAAGGCAGCAAGACUGGGGCUAAUCAACCGGCGACAUGGAGUGGGAGGAAAGCCACUCCCCAGAAACAGGGUAUCCGAGCUCUGGAUGUCAUGAAGAGGCAGCCGUACCAGCUCAACCCGGCCAUGUUUGGGGGUGUGGGGGGCUCACAGCAGCAGGUGCAGCAGCAGGCAGCCCCCAUGCUGGGCAGCUCCCUCACCCCUCCGCGGCAGAUCCCGGUCAAAGCCGCCCGCGUCUACGAGAUCAAGCGCUUCUCUACACCCACGCCGAUGUCCGCGCCCACCUCGCACACGCCCACCGUGAUCGUGCCGCGCUCCGCCACUACCCUGGGGGAGCCACUCUGGCGAUCGGAUAUCUGCUCCCCUCCCCCUCCUGUCUACUCCGCUCCCACACCACUCACUCCCUCUGUUCAUCCCACUCCCACCCCACUCUCUCCCCCUUCUCACCCCGCUCCUCCUGUCUUCCAAACCAGGACCCCCCUAGCCCCUGCCCCAGCUCCUGCCCCUGCCCCUCUCUACCCCUCUUUGCAGGCUGCCAAGCAGUUCAAGAGCGCCCCCGAGCUCAGCCCUCUGCCUGCCUUCAAGGCGGUGGUCUCCUCCAGCCCCCAGGGGAUCCAGAUGCCCCGGCGAUUCCAAGUCUCCAGGAUCGGGAAUCAAGCCAACGUGUGGAGGCCGGGCUCCCUGCACUAUUGAGUCAGGCCUUCACCAGCACAGUCUCCCACAUGCGCACACACACACACGGGUGCACUGUGUAGUAUUUCCAGGACAUGGGGCUCAGCUUGUCAGCUUCUACUUCAGUGCAUGAUUUGGCUCAGAUUGUUAAUUAUUAAGGUUUAAUAUAGAAUAGAACUAAGUAAGUAGAAUGUGUGUGUGUGUAUAUAUACCCAAAUUCCACAAAAUAAAAAAAACACCUCGUCCCAAAUUGGAACCCCUUUCAGAAAAAGGUGAAAGACAGGAAUGAGAGGCAUGUGAACUACAGGAACCCACACAUCAACAGAGACGCUUUACAUAUCCACACAUACUCCUUAGAAGAGGCAGAUUUACACUGGCGGAGAGGGGGGUGAAUGGAGGAGACUGAGGGAAAGCAAGAGGGCUGCCCGGGAUCAAAGAUCCACCACAACCUGAUCAAAGAUCCACUGAGCCACUGAGCUUUGUGUUUGAAACGCUGCAACACCCAUCACCUUGUUUUUGCUAAAUUUAACACAGUAUAUAAGCGGUAUGAUUAGCUUCUUUGUAAUUGUUAAUAAUAAUAUAAAGAAGGAUUGUAAUUAUGGUAAUAGCUGUGAUGAUGUGUGGUGGAGUGUCCCGCCCCUAUAAAUAUAUAUAUAGGGGCAGGACACUCCACCACAUGAUGUUAGCGUGAUAGUGACGUACUGACGUGAGUUAAUGGCGAUGAGGAACAAUGGGCAUUUCUACAUGGAGGGGGGGGGGGGGCAAGCAAGAGGAAUGCCGCUGUGGUUAAAAAAUGGUACUUUCCUUACCUAAGCUGCACCAUUUAAAGGUAUCACUUUUUCAACCUCCCCCAAUACUUUGUUUCUUUCUUAGUGUCAACUGCCUCCUGUAUCCCAGAGCUUCAGUAAAGGAAGCAGCACGGUUGGGGUGUGGUCUUUUCCAGUUCCAUCAUUACUGCAGCUGUGGGGCAGGAGAUAUCAUUUAUAAAUGAAAAUACAAGCUUGUUAUAACAUGUGAGACCUGCAUAGCAAAUAGAGGGCCAUUAUUGAAUCAGCAGUUAACCAAGGGAGGUGCCUGUUUUUGGUUUUUCAGUAAGGGGGGUGUGCCUUUUGUCAGCACUCUCUGUUAGACAGUCUGCUGCUGAUCAAUUCUAUGAGUCCCCCCCUUUGAAGACAGCAGUAAGUACUUUGGAAAGACAGUGUUGUGCACAGCCGACGCAGGAGGAUAGCUGAAGGAUGAAGUCAUUCCACGACCGUCCUUCUCUGAAACACGUUGCAGAUGUGGGAAGCAGCAGCAGCACUAUUUUGUGAUUUUGAUUGUUAUUAUUAUUAUUAUUAUUAUUAUUAUUAUUAUUAUUAUUAUUAUUAUUAUUAUUAUUAUUGUUAUUUUUUUUUCUGCCUCGCAUAAAUACAAUUUCGCUGUCUGCUCUUUUUUCCUUGUUUAAUUUUUUUUUUUUUUUAGUGUUUACCUGGAUAGACGCUGGUUUAUAUGUGGUUCUGAUUUCCAAGGCAGAUACAAUGGUGCUUUGUAGUAAAACAAACUAUUAAUAAAUAAAUAAAAAAAUGAAGAAACAAAUGAAAAGGCUGCUGGUGUGAAAAUAAAUCUUCCAAAGCGAUUGGAAAGACGUGAUGAUUGAUAGGGCUUGUGAGGACAGGAAGGACUGGGGAUUGGAAUGGAAAGUGAGACAGUGAAAUAAAGAGAGUUGGAAAACAAA